GGGCUUACAAGACUUCGAAACGUGGUCCAACUUUUCUUUUACGAGGAAAUCUUGCUCAACGAGUCGGGGUCUCACAGCACACCAGCGUCGAACUUGCCGGAGACAUUUAGACCACAUGCCAACCGUUAGUGGAGGAGUCAGUAUGGGUAUUGAAGAGUGCAAGCAUCAGUUCAGGAGUCGGAGAUGGAACUGCAGUAUUAGAGAAGCGUCGAGGGAGACGGCAUUUACGCACGCUAUUAUGUCAGCGGGUAUAUCGUUAGCGAUAUCUCGUUCGUGUAGCGACGGUCGUAUAUCCAGCUGUGGGUGCAGCACAGCUACGCGACCGAAGCAUUUGCACAGCGACUGGGUUUGGGGCGGCUGUGCCGAAAACCUUGAGUAUGGCUACAAGUUUGCAGAAGGCUUCGUAGAUGUCCGGGAGAGGGAGCGAAAGGUGAAACGGGGAAGCCGGGAGCAAGGGCGACAGCUAAUGAAUCGACAUAACAAUGAAGCUGGUAGACGGGCAGUGAUAAAAUUAUCGCGCGUUACCUGCAAGUGUCAUGGAGUGUCAGGAUCAUGCAGCCUUAUCACAUGUUGGCACCAACUGGCAAGCUUCAGGGAAAUUGGAGAUUAUCUUCGCGAGAAGUAUGACAGCGCAACUGAGGUGUCAGUAUCUCGCCGCGGCAAGCUGCGAGUUCGUAACCCGGGCUUCGGAGUACCAACAGCACUAGACCUGGUAUACCUGGAAGAAUCACCAAAUUACUGCUUGAAAAAUGAAACAUUGGGCUCCCUCGGUACAACAGGUCGCGAAUGUACCAGGACAUCAAAUGGCGUAGAGAGUUGUACAAUCCUAUGCUGCGGUCAUGGAUACAACACAAAGAAGAUGGUGACAAAAGAGCGUUGUGAGUGCAAGUUCCAUUGGUGUUGCCAGGUUGAAUGCAACACUUGUGUCAAGACUGAGGAAAUUUAUACUUGUAAAUGAUUGUGUUGUGGCAAUUCUAACAACUUAUAUAAUGAUUUUGUAUGCAACGUAAGCCUUCGAAUUUUUGAAGUGAAUACAUCUUUAGGCACGCUAAGCACUUAUUAUGUUGAUAUUAAAUAAUGCUGAGCCGCCACGCUCUGCUAUGUAACGCUCGUUUGGCAAUAAAUGAAUAGAAAUAAAAAAUAAAAUAUAUAUCCUGAUCAUUAUUUGAGUUCAGAAUGUAGUAUUCACACAAUAAUAUUUGAAUAGGCAAUCAUGAUUUAUAUG